UACUCGAUCGAUCUUGCGUACGGUGCGGUAAUUUAAAGAAACUCGGAGAAGCGUCAAGGUAGAGCAAAUAUUUACAGAAGCUCUCGGUAUACCGUGUACAUUUUGCACUGUCAUUCAUUUCUCUUCUAACCACAUUUUCCUUGUACGCGUACAAUAUAGGUGUGUUACACACAAGAACAAAUUUCAGUUCCACUUCCGGUUUGACGCUGCCGUGUGGAACGAAAAUGAAGUGCUCCUAAUGAGCAGUUUUUAUGUGGCAUCGCGGUGAUCAGCAGAUUAUAUAUAACAUCCUUGUACCAAUUUGGCCAUAUUAUUUUCCUAACAUGGAAGAGCGACGAAGAUCGUUGUCGACGAUUAGCGGAGUGCACUUGAAGGACAGUUCAUCCAGCACGGCCCAACUGACCAGCCAAUGGAUACCGGAAAUCGAGAAAGCCAAAACCACGAGAUUUCUUGACAGGAUUUUACGCUUUAAUCUGCAUCGAUUCAUCAUUGCCUUAUAUCUGUUGGCAGUAGGGAUCGCAUUAUGCGUCAUUGUGUUCACGAACGAUCCCGAUCAUAAACUCCGCGACUUUUACGGGACCCACGACCUGAUCUCCGUCCCGCUGACCGGUCUGGUCAUUGCCGGCUUAUGGGUGAAAGUGUACAUCUGCGUGCGGCACAUGCGCAGCGCCAUCACUACCUACCGCACCGCCUUCGCCCAGGACCCCACCAUCGUCUUCACCGGGAUGAACGUGUCCCACUGCAAACGCACAUUAAUCAAAGUGGUGUGUACCGCCGUCAUCGGCGUCAAGAUCGCCUUCGUGAUCACCAUGUGCGUGUGCUUAAAGAAGGCCGUCACCCGGCUGCCGGGCACCUCGAUGGACACCACGGUGGUGGUGCUGUUCGCCUUGGUGGUGGCGGGCGCGGUGGCCACCUUACUGACCAUGAUCGAGGCGUCGUUUACCAUUAUCCUUCUCACGCGACCCCGACGUGUGCCCUUCGCCGGGCGGCUCUAUCCGCUAUUGAUCUACGAGAGCGCGAGUGAUGAGAAACCGGUUCUCCUGUCCUGAAUUUCCGGAUAGCGGUGCGCGACACGUGAGACGCGGAUGGUUGGCUGGAGCUGAAUGGAUAUUCGUAUAGCGGCGCUGAGAGAUUUUGUAAAGGAAAAAAGAAUGCACAUUCAGCAUAAAUCACCCACUCAUCGAUUUUCUCACCCUGUUUAUUGUAAUUCUUUCCCGUGUAUACUCUGUAACGGUAAUACCUGUCAUCAACGCACAGACAGCAUUUUUUCCGAGGAAGGUGACUGGAUGCUCGAAUUUCAUUUCCUUGAAAGCUUCAAGCAGUUGCAAUCAAGCGGAAGAUAAUGAUUUACUUUUAUACGGUUUUAAUCAAAGAAUUUUACGUCCUGAUUAAACGGCUCUGUUGUCGCGCUAAAAUAUUCUGGAAUUCUGAUAUUAAAGCAACACCUGACUGUACAAAAUGUGUGCGUACCAA